AUGCAUCCCCCGCUCCGCAUAGCCGUGUUAGAAUGCGACACCCCGCUUGAGAAAAUCAACCGCCGUUAUAAUGGAUAUGGCGGGGUAUUCCGCGUUCUCCUCAAUGCUAGCGCCAAAGCCUUGAACCAGCCCGAAAGACUCGACCCAGAAUCAGGUCUAGAAAUUACGGCUUGGGAUAUAGUCAAUGACGAUAAAUACCCGAAACUAGAAGAUGUCGAUGCCGUGCUUCUAACCGGAUCAAGACACAACUCCUUCGAAGAUGUACCCUGGAUAAACCGCCUCGUCGAAUUUACCCAAGAAGUCCUUGCGCAGGAUCGCGUCCGCCUGCUUGGAAUCUGCUUCGGACACCAAAUCGUUGGCCGCGCAUUAAAUGUCAAGGUCGGACGAAGCGACCAAGGUUGGGAGAUUGCCGUGUGUGAUAUGGAUUUAACCAAUGAGGGUAAAGAAUUGUUCGGCCGUGAUAAGAUCCGCAUUCAGCAAAUGCACCAGGAUAUUGUCUUCGAUUAUCCUCCGAACGUGAUUCCUCUGGGCUCAUCCCCGCGCUGUGCUGUGCAGGGUAUGUAUGCGCCACGCCGCUUUAUCACCGUCCAGGGCCAUCCUGAAUUCACGGGGGACAUUGUCACGGAGAUUGUCCAGAGUCGGGCUGAGAAGGGCGUUUUCAAGGAGGACCAGGCUCAAGAUGCUUUGAGCAGAGCUAAUAAUGAACAUGAUGGUGUCGCUAUUGGGGUGGCGUUCCUGAAGUUCCUACUGGAGGGCUGA